AUGAUGCUUCUUCACCUUCUUCGUCAAGGCCGACUAAGGAAAAAUGACGCUCUUAGAAUCAUUCAAAAUGCCUCUGCUAUUUUACGCGCUGAGCCAAAUCUGUUGGCCAUUGAGGACCCCUCCAUUAUUGUGGUUGGUGAUAUUAGAGGACAACUGUACGACCUAGCAAAGAUACUAUGUAUAGGAGGCAUGUUCAAUGAUACGACGAAGUAUCUGUUUCUCGGAAAUUACGCCGAUCGCAGUUCCUUUAGUUGUGAAUGUAUAUUAGUUUUACUGGCAGCCAAAUUGAAUUACCCGAAGUCUGUCUUCUUGCUUCGUGGAAACCAUGAAUCUCGGUUGAUGACAAAUUUUUUCGACUUUCAGGAAGAAUGCUUACGGAAGUAUGAUGAUCAAGUGUAUCAAGCAAUUAUGGAGGCUUUUGAUUGCUUGCCACUAGCGGCUGUUGUAAACAAGCAGUUUUUCUGUGUGCAUGGUGGUCUUUCACCGGAUGUGAGUAGUGUAAACCACAUUCAACUGAUUCACCGAUUCAGAGAGCCCCCCUCACGAGGAGCCAUGUGUGACUUGUUGUGGUCAGAUCCCUUUUGGGAUGUAGAAAAUCCUUCAUCGGUUACUGGAGGAUCCAGGAAUGACUAUUACACUCCUGAAACUGGUCCAUCUUAUGGAGCAAACCCCGUUUUUCUUGUUAAUGAGCAACGCGGAUGUAGCUAUUUGUUUAACUAUCUCUGCGUAAAGCAGUUCCUCACGACUAACAACCUUCUUUGUGUCGUGCGAAGUCAUGAGGCGCAAGACGAAGGCUAUAAGCUCUAUCGCUUCAAUAGCGUUUCUAACUUUCCAUGUAUGGUGUCGGUUUUUUCAGCUCCUAAUUAUUGUGAUACCCUCGACAAUAAAGGGGCAAUUCUUCAUAUUGAGGGAAAAACGGUUGGCGUGAAGCAGUUUUUUUGCUCCCCCCACCCUUAUGUUCUUCCGAAGCAUAUCAAUGGGUUUGAGUGGUCGUUCCCGUUUCUAGUAGAAAAUAUUCAUAAUCUGUUCACGUCGUUGCUCUCCGCAAGUUGA